CAUGAGGUGUGGCAGCUUGAGACAGCUUCCAAGAUGAAGACCCUCAACACUCCAAUCAAAUGCCACGACAUCUUUAAAGCCUUACCCAACCAAAAGAAACUCAUCAGAAACGUUCUGACUAACGGUGUUGCUGGCGUUGGAAAAACCUUCUCAGUGCAGAAGUUCACUCUGGACUGGGCAGUGGGCUCCGAAAACCAAGAUAUCAGUCUGCUGGUUCUGCUUCCAUUCAGGGAGCUGAACUCGAUCAAAGAUGAGUGGUACAAUCUGAUCAUGCUGAUCCAGGAAUGCCAUCCAACAUUAAAGCUCACAGCAAAGAAACUUGCUGCCUGUAAAGUUCUGUUCAUCUUUGACGGCCUGGAUGAAAGCAGACUUUCACUGGAUUUCAACACCAAGGAAGUCGUGACUGAUGUCACACAGAAGACAUCAGUCAGCGUGCUGUUGACAAACCUCAUCAAGGGGAACCUGCUUCCCUCGGCUCUCAUCUGGAUAACUUCCCGACCUGCAGCAGCCAAUCAGAUCCCUCGUUCAUGUGUGGACAGGGUAACAGAAAUACGAGGCUUUGCUGAUGCCCAGAAGGAGGAGUACUUCAAGAAGAGAUUCAGUGAUGAAGUGUCCAGCACAAUCAUCUCACACAUCAAGACAUCCAGGAGCCUCCACAUCAUGUGUCGCAUCCCAGUCUUCUGCUGGAUCAUUGCUACAGGUCUGGAGGAAAUGUUGACUUCAGAGCAGAGAGAAGAGCUGCCCAAGACCCUGACUGACCUGUACUCACACUUCCUGCUGAUUCAGACAAAGAGGAAGAAGAACAAGUAUGACGAGGGACAUGAGAAGAGUCCAGAGGACCUGACAGAGGCUGACAGCAAAGUUCUUCUGAAGCUGGGGAGGCUGGCGUUUGAACAGCUGCAGGAAGGAAACAUCCUGUUCUACAAAGAAGACCUGGAGCAGUGUGGUCUUGAUGUCACAGAGGCUGCAGUGUUAUCAGGAUUUUGUACACAGAUCUUCAAAACAGAGAAACGCCAGAAGAAAACAGUCUACUGCUUUGUUCAUCUGAGCGUUCAGGAGUUUCUGGCUGCAGUCUACAUGUACCACUGUUACACCAGCAGGAACACAGAGGUACUGAAGGACUUCCUGGGAGAAGACUACAGUGACUCAUCUCUGGAUCACUUCCUGAAGGGAGCCAUGGAGAAAUCUCUCCAAAAUAAAAAUGGCCACUUGGACCUGUUUGUUCGCUUCCUUCAUGGCCUCUCUCUGGAGUCCAACCAGAGUGUCUUAGGAGACCUGCUGGGUCAGACGGAGAACAGUCCAGAAACCACCCAGAGAGUCAUCACCAACCUGAAGGAGAUGAACAGUGGGGGGGUCUCUCCUGACAGAAUCAUCAACAUCUUCCACUGUCUGAUGGAGAUGAACGACUGCUCAGUACAUCAGGAGAGACUGAUCCCAGCUGUGAGGAACUGCAGAAAGGCUCGACUUCCUCGCUGUUUUCUCUCAAACACUCACUGUGAAGUUGUGGCCUCAGCUCUGAAGGACAACCCCUCCCAUCUGAGAGAUCUGGACGUGAGCUACAACGUCCUGACUCAGUCAAUGAUGAAGUUUCUGUGUGCUGGACUGGAGAGUCCAAACUGCAAACUGGAGACUCUGAGAUUGUGUGGCUGCAAUUUGACAAAGACCAGCUGUACUUCACUGGCCUCAGCUCUGAAGUGCAACCCCUCCCAUCUGAGAGAGCUGGAUCUGAGUAACAACAAGCUGCAGGAUUCAGACAUUAAACUGCUGACUGAUCUUAAGGAGAGUCCAGACUUUAGACUGGAGACUCUGAUAUUGGGGGACUGCAGUUCAUCAGAGACCAGCUGUGCUUCUCUGAUCUCAGCUCUGAAGUGCAACCCCUCCCAUCAAAGAGAGCUGAAUCUGAGUAACAACAAGCUGCAGGAUUCAGACGUGGAGCAGCUGUGUGAUCUUCUGAAGAGUCCACACUGUAGACUGAUGUUUCUGCUAUUGUAUGGCUGCAGUUUGUCAGAGACCAGCUGUGCUUCUCUGAUCUCAGCUCUGAAAUCUAACCCCUCCCAUCUGAGAUGUCUGAAUCUGAGUCGCAACAAGCUGCAGGAUUCAGACGUGGAGCAGCUGUGUGAUCUUCUGAAGAGUCCACACUGUAGACUGAUGCAUCUGCACUGUGCUUCUCUGAUCUCAACUCUGAAGGCCAACCCCUCCCAAUGGAGAACGCUGGAUCUGAGCUACAACAAGCUGCAGGAUUCAGACGUGGAGCAGCUGUGUGAUCUUCUGAAGAGUCCACACUGUAGACUGGAGGAUCUGAGAUUGGUUGGCUGCAGUUUGUCAGAGACCAGCUGUGCUUCUCUGAUCUCAGCUCUGAAAUCUAACCCCUCCCAUCUGAGACAGCUGGAUCUGAGCUACAACAAGCUGCAGGAUUCAGACGUGGAGCAGCUGUGUGAUCUUCUGAAGAGUCCACACUGUAGACUGGAGGGUCUGGGAUUGUUUGGCUGCAGUUUGUCAGAGACCAGCUGUGCUUCUCUGGCUGCAGCUCUGAAGUCCAACCCCUCCCAUCUGAGAAAUCUGGAUCUGAGUUACAACAACCUGAAGGAUUCAGACGUGAAGCUGCUGUCUGAUCUUAAGAAGAGUCCACGCUGCAGACUGGAGUUUCUGAGCUGGUGAUGAUCUCUGUCAGAGUGAGAGUGAACAUCCAGGAGUGUUGAGAGAGGAUCAGCUGGAUUCUGAUGAUCCAUCUGGAGUCUGGAUCUGGAUUUUAUCAUCUUCACUUAAGUCUCUUAACUGACUACAAACUGAACAGUUAUCUCUGGAUUUAGCUGAAGUCAGAACUUUACACAUGUGUUAUAUAUGAGCUGUUUGAUGUAGAUAAAGAUAAAAACAGCUGUUAUAAGUCAGACUCUGAGCUGGGCUCAUAUUUAUCAAGCGUCUCAGAAUCACACUGAGAGUUAAGGAGGACUAAAACUAAUGAAUGAAGCAGAAGAGAAUUGACUGUGACUUUCAGCAGGAGAAGGAUUACUGCUGGGAGAGAGUGAGACGUCGCUGUUUUACCACAGUCAGAGCAGCAAAGUAGAAAUGAUGAUGACGUGUUGUAGUUUUCUCACAGUCUCAGCUGUAAAUAUUAAACAGUGGUAAUUUGGUAUAUUAUGUGUAUA